AUGACCGCAACCGAGAGCGCAAUCGUCUGGCUUCAGCGCGGCUGUAACUUGCUGGCCCUGCUCUGCCUCUCUGCCUCGCGCUCUGAGGCCGCCUUGGCCCAGAGCAAGGAAAUCACUCGCUCCCUCCUGGAGUUUGAGGAUCUUUCCGACACGGCCAUGGCCACCGUGCUCGUUUGGCGCGAAGUCAAGCUGGGUGUGGGCGCCCUCAUCUCCGUCGUGGCCGUCACCGUUUUCUGGAUGGCCUAUGUCGAGAAACUGGUCUGGACUUACAACUUCUUUGGGCGCCACGAGUACAAUGUUUGGUGGUUCAUCAGCUCCAUCUUUGUCUACAUGUUCUUCUUUGAUGCCUGGUUCUACGUGACGCAUCGCUGGUUGCACGAGUCCAAGUUUAUGUGGGACACCAUCCACAUCCAUCAUCAUGCCUUCAAGGAGCCCACUGCCUUUUGCCAAGACGCCGUUCACCCGGUCGAAGCGAUUGUCCAGGGUCCUUUCGGCCAUUACCUGCCCACACUCUUCUUCCCGAUCCAUCCCCUGGCCCAUGCUCUGUUUGGCUUUCUGAGCUCCAUCUUUGCCGUGGCUGCUCAUGAUGGCCGCACCUGGGAUCUCAACAACCACUAUUACCACCACUGCGCAGGCAAAGGCCGUCGUAACUCUUUCAACUACAGCCUGUACUGGCCGCUGUGGGAUGCCGUCUUCAACACUCGGUUGGUCUUCUCGCCAUCAUGUGAUGUGACAAACACUUUGUGGCGCAGAAAGGCUGAAACGGCUCAGCGUCAAGUUUAA